UAACUUGACACCAGUCAGAAGGGUAGAAUUUUUUUUUCCCCAUCUUCUCCUCCCAAACUUUUCUUACCCAGUCUUUAAAGUCAUGACAAGUCCCAGUGAGACUGGACUGAGAGACGGCAGAAGGGCUGAGUGGAGCAGCAAAGAGGGAACCAGCUGUAUGAGCCAGUCACUGACGGGCUGAGAGGUGUUUAUUUGAAGCUGCGUGCUGACAAAUCUCCUGAAAAUGACUCAGUCGGUUCAAGUUAACCCGAAGCUGCCUGAUCUUGGCUCUCCCUUCCUCUACUCGGGUCAGGAGGACGCUGACCACUCGGGCUCCUACUCCGUCCAGACGCCGUAUGGUUUUCAGCUGGAUCUGGACUUCCUCAAAUAUGUCGAAGAGAUAGAGAGUGGGCACCACCUCCGUCGGGCUCCCCUUGGCUCCCGCCGCUCUGGCCGAGGCGUCAGACUCUCCCAGAGGGGAGCGGGGGGACGCACCAGCGGCUGGACGUCCACGGAGUCCCUGGCGUCUCCGGCCAGCGAGGACGGCAGAGCUCCGCCCCCGCCGCCGCCGCGCAACCGCCUUGGGUCAGCACCCUGCGAGGGGCUCCGUCUCUCCCCCGUGACCCUCCUCAGUGUUCCUCCCCUGUCCGCCGGAGCCAAAGUGCCACCUCCUCCGCCGCAGCGCAACCCCAGAGUGGAGCGCACUCUCCUUGAAACCAGCCGGCGGCUGCAGCAGGAACAAAGUCACCAGCACCAGAACGGGCCGCGCUUCCAGCUCGCCGAUCCUCCAAAACCGCUCGCGGCCUCGCAAUCCACUCAGCCCAUGCCGAGUAGCUGGACCAAACCCAGUCCUCAGACCUCUGGGCGCAGCACUCCAGCUGUUGGCGCCACAAUGACUCCGAUCCCACCCAGCCAGCUGCAGACGGUCAGGGAGCAGAUGGCUACAGCCUUGAAACAGCUGAAGGAGAUGGAGGAGCGGGUGAAGGGUGUCCCUGCGCUUGAGGACGAGGUGGCCAAGCUUCGUGCAGAGAAGGACACGCUCCUGUUGGCCCUGCAGGAGCAAAAAGAAGCCAAGGAGGUGCCCCAGCCCAAGCAGAGGUCCACAGAUUCCUUUACCCAGACCACAGAGGUUCUUCAAACUAUGCACUGUCAACUGACGACACCAGUUUCACCUGGACAUAAAGGCCUCGGAAAAUCUGGUGAGCUGAAAAGGCUGACUGAAAAGUUUGAGGGGAAUCAAGGGAAAGCUAUAGAACCUUCGUCAAAAGUUUUAGUGAAACCUCAAGGAAAAGUGGCUGUUGAGAAGAAGUCAGUGGCCGUUGGGGGUGACGUGCCAAUGGACUCUGUUGUUUUCUACUACAGGCAGGGUGUGAGAGAUGCUUCUGAGGGCACGGAGGUCAGAGUUUGUGAUAAGGGCUCCGGGAUAGACGCUCCUCUGGUAAUAGAGGAGGGAGUACAGGUCAGUGUGGAGACGGCAGAGGCGGAAGUUUGGGUUAUAGAGUCCCUACUUGGUCUGACCGGCGAAGCGCAGCGGGAGAUCGAUACUUUACAGGACACCAUUAAAUUCCAACAGGAGUCCAUUGUGGCUCUGGAGGACCGACUGAGUGUGGCCGACCAAGACCUGGGGAUCCUUAAAGUCCAGAUGGAGGAGAAAACCUCUAAAGUCACAUUCGAGAAGGGCGUUCUUGCCAAACCAGACCUGACGAAUGCCCAGGCAGGGACAUGGACUGCUGAAUUAAAACACGUUGCAGUCUCGUGCCAUCCUGAGGUGAAUGAUGCUUGUGUGGGCGAGACCUGCACAGCGGAUCAGAUGGAGCAGUUCACCCAGACUGACGCCGCAGCAGAGCCAGCACCCGUUGCAGCGGUCAGCACUGGAUGCCAAUGGGAGAACGUGUUUGAGGAAAAGACGGAGCUCCAAAAGGUUGCUGUUCUUAAGAAGAGACAGAUGACCAUUGCUGAAUACAAAGUCUCGCCAGAAGAAGAGGUGGUCAGUAUGGCUGAGAAGCAGGAGGACGACCAAGGAGAGAAGACGUCAGCCAACAACUGCAAAACAGCUUCCAUAAUAGCAGCAGGAAUGCUGAAGUCCAUCAUGAAGAGGAAGGACGGGAAUAACUCGGGCGAGAAGAAGAAGAGCCUGCAGUUUGUUGGAAUACUGAACGGAGGGUAUGAAUCUACAUCCAGUGAAGAAGAAGGGGAAGAGGAGGAAGAAGAGGAGGAGGAGGAAGAAGAAGAUGGGACUUCUUCUGGAGAAAGUGGAGAAGGCGAGUGCUUGGACAGCACAGAGGAGGAUGAGGCGGCUCUGGAGAACGAAACCUCAGAGGAGGAAAGAAACAUCAACCUGGACGAGAGUGACACUGACGAGGAAACCCUGAGAGACACAAGUUAUUCAUGUGAAGGUGUAAAAGAGAAAUUUGAGCUGAGCUCAAAAAUGCGUGAAGCGUGCCUCAUUCUGAAGAACCACCUGAACGAUGACAUCACAACACUGAAGAGUAAGGAAGUGCUCUCCAGCACCCACACCGUCCAGCUCGAGUGGUUCCGUAUCUCCAGUGCCAAGAUGGCUCAAUCUCCACGGGUCUCCGACUAUCUGAUGGUGUUCUCCGAGGUGUCGUCAGCUUUGUUGGUUCACGUGGUCAACAUGACGGACGGCAACGGCAACACCGCCCUCCACUACAGUGUCUCCCACUCCAACUUCAGCGUGGUGGGGCUGCUGCUAGACACAGGUUUGUGCCGUGUGGAUAAGCAGAACAAGGCCGGGUACACGGCCAUCAUGCUAGCCGCUCUCUCUACUGUGAAGGAGGAGAAGGACAUGGCUGUGGUCAAGAGGCUCUUCAAUCAGGGCAAUGUCAACGCCAAGGCCAGCCAGGCGGGCCAGACGGCGUUGAUGCUAGCUGUAAGCCAUGGGCGGCAGGAGAUGGUGCGGGCGUUGCUGGAGUGCGGCGCUGACGUGAACGUGCAGGACGACGAGGGGUCCACGGCUCUGAUGUGUGCCAGCGAACACGGCCGUGCCGAGAUUGUCAAACUGCUCCUGGAACAGCCUGGAUGCGACAUUUCCAUCAUCGAUAACGAUGGCAGCAACGCUCUGUCCAUCGCACUGGAGGCGUCUCACAACGACACGGCUGUGCUGCUCUACGCCCACAUGAACUACGCAAAGAGCCAGCCUGUGGGGAGUCCAACAGCGCAGCCAAGAAGCCCCACCAGCUCCCACAAGUCCUGGCCUUCAGACUGAUCCCGGCUGCUGACUGGUGAUCACCAAACAUAACUGGAUAUGAGCUGUGAAAAGCUCCACUGGAAUUUAUUAAAACAUACAUGUAUUUAUAUAUUGGUAUUUCGUUUAUAUAUGUCCUGCAUUUUAUUAUAUAUUAUUGUUUAUAUGAACAUAUUAUUUUUCCAUAAAGGUGGUUAUAUAGUAUACUUGACUAACAAGAGCUCUAUCUCUAGCAUAUCUAAAUGAGAUCUCCAACUCCUUUGUUGUUACAGGAGAUGAGAGCAUUGCAUUAAUUAUUUGCACUCCACUAAUAUAUUUUUACAGUUUAGAGUGACACACACCGGUAGGAUACGACGCACACAAGAAAAAACGUAAUUCAAUCUUCAUUUUCCAUGUAAGUUGACACGCUGACAUUACGAUAUCCACCGGAAUGCACCACUGUGUUGUUUCUGAAAGUCCAGAGACUGUGUCAUCAGCCUGUAUGUCCUGUGGGCACUUUGGCCUCGUCACAUGACACAACGACACAGCCGGUGUGUAUCUGCUCUUUCUGUCCUGCCUCGGUUAACUGAUCUGUGAGCCUCUCCACCUUCAUAGUCCGCACUAACUGUCUGUACAUUUUGUAUUCAUAUUCAUACACAAACAUAUGCAACCAUGUCUGAAAUAAACAUAUUAAAAUAAAUGUUAAUGGAGAGCAGUUUA